GGUCACACUGUGCACGUGUAAAUUCUGUCACGAAAUAAACAAUCAUUUGUGAAUUUUUAACACGCCGCCAUGAGUUCCGACGAGUGUAGCGAUGGCGUAGAAGACCUAAAGGAGCUGAUGGCCCUGUACAAGCAGGAGGAAACGAAACCUCACGAGAAGAAAAAAGAACCCUACAUCCCGAAGGCUUCCAAGGCGAAGAAUCUGAACUAUGUGGAGGUGCCCAUGGAAAAGGUACUCUUCGGGGACAGAGAGCGGUUCCUCAAGAACCUGGCUGCUUCCGUGAAAGGUCGCCCAGUACUCGCUGAGGUGUAUGAGGAGAAGGAGCAAGCAUCGGGUGAUGAUAUCCCGGGGAAGAAGAGGAAAGCUGCCUGGUCGGAUUCCGAUGACGAGGACCUCCAAGUGGGCGAUGUAAAGAAGCCCACCAAGCACACGGGACCGCUGAAUCACCUGCGCAAGGAUAAAUCCUACAAGGAGUACCUGACGGCACGAUUCCAGCGUACCCAAAACCAACCGAAAUGGGCGGAAAAGAGGGUCAAAGAGGAUGACGACGACUUAUCAUCCGAUGAAGAGCUGCUCCGGACCGUGGGCUUUAUCGAUCGCAAGGCUAGGCGCAUUGAUCUACCUGAAAAGAUUUUGAACUUCAAGCGUGUCAAGGAUCUGAACAGAGCCUCCUAUGCUGAGGGUCUCGUCUCCAGCGUGCAGUUCCAUCCUACUAGCACGGCUGCUCUGGUGGCGGGCGAGAACUCUGUGGCCACCAUCUACACGGUGGACGGACAGAAGAAUGAGAAGCUGCACAACAUGCGGUUCAAGAAGUUUCCCCUGAUCUGCGCCCGGAUUGCACCCUGUGGCACCAAGGCGUACUUUGGCUCGACGAAAAAACACUACUAUGCCUACGACCUCCUGGAGGCCACGGAAUCCAAGCUGGUGCUGCCAAGCAACAUAAACUCGAUGCACCGCUUUGAAGUGUCGCCUUGUGGAAAAUUCAUUGUGACAGCUGGGAAGUAUGGAGCCAUCCACCUCCUGACAGCAAACACCAACGAGCUGUUGCACAGCUUCAAGCAAGAGGGCGAGGUGCGAGGUCUUUGCUGGUCCGGCGACUCGCGCAGGAUUCUCGCCUGCGGCUCCAGUUCUAAUGUCAACGUGCUGAGUCUGCGAAAGAACCUUAUCGAGCACUCCUUCUUGGACGAUGGCUGCAUCAGUGGACAGUGCAUCCAGCUGGCUCCUAAUCAACGCCUUCUGGCCACCGGCAGCAGCGAGGGAGUGGUGAAUAUCUACGACUACGAAACAGUGUUCGCCUCAGCAAUUCCACAGCCGGAGAAGCGCUUCAUGAAUCUAAGAACGGCCAUUUCGGAUCUGCAAUUCAAUCACUCCUCGGAGCUGCUAGCCAUGAGCUCACGUGAGGCGCCGAAUGCCAUGAAGCUGGCUCAUUUCCCGAGCGCCACCGUGUACUCCAACUUCCCUGGGCAAACUGAUAAUGUGGGCUUUGUGACCUCGAUGGCUUUUUCGCCGCACAGCAGCUUCGUGGCCUUCGCUACCAAGGGCAAACGAGUGCCGCUCUAUAGGCUGAAGUACUACAAGAAUUAUUAGCUUUAAUCGAAGGUUCUUCGAUUUUUAUAAGCAAUUUCGAUCACAAAAAAACUGCAAAUUUUAUAUAAAC